UUUUGAUCAAGUGUUACAGAACUGCCACAUUAACAUGUCUUUCCUUAAGGCAGAAGUCUCUUCUAAUAUGAACUACUAAAUAAGAUUUCAUUUAAUAUAUUUUUUAGUUCAUGACAACAGGAUUUUUAACAAAGAGAAACCACAUUAACAUGUGUUUGGUUCCAUCUCAUGUCACCUGUGUCGGACCCAGGGAUGAAUCCACUUGAGGGACACACUUUUAAAACUUUUCCCACAAUGUAAUAUUCAUAUGUACAUAAUUAGUAUCUUCUCCACAAUACCAUGGUUUUAAGAUUCGAAAUUGGAUGCACCAAGUGAGAAAAUCCCUGUUUGCCGCACCAUGGCAGUGACAGAAACAGUUAAUAACUGUUUUUUCCCUCGAACCUCACAACAGAACCAGUGAAGUGAGGUGACUCAGAAAUUGAUGUUGAAGCUAAAGAAGAAGCGCGUGGGACCCACUCAGGCCAACCACUGACUAGACUUGUUACUGAUUCUGUCUAACUUUUGCUGCAUUAACUUGAAAAAGUUUGAUUUCAACCCCUUUCUGCUUUCUCCCAUAUAAACCCCUUCCACUCCCCUGCUUUCACCACUUGCUGCCUCCUUUCUCUCUUUCUCAACUCAAACCUUCACACUCUCCAUUUUCUUUGCUUUGCUUACACACACAAGUUUUCACAUUUCAAAAAGCUACCACCUUUGCCGUUUUUUAUUCUGAUCGGAGAUUAGUUAAUCACAGGCAGUAUCCCAAAUUCUGUCUUUUCUCCGGUGGUGGUCAUGGCGAGUAACAGUGGAAAGUCCAGCAAAGAGGGUGUUGAAGAGACCCAUCAUCACCAAGUGUUUGGUGAAAGUGAAGGCCGGGAUUCGGAGAUAGAGAAGGGAAAGUGUGUGGAUUUGAGCUCAGGGAGGAGACAGUGGAAGCCAGUUUUUGAUGAUGCUUCUAUCUCACAAAGGCCUCUCAAGAAAAUCCGCAGCCCCGAACACCAAAGCCCCAAUCACCAACCUUCUUCAUCACCUUCCUCUAUGCUCUCUCUCCAACCUCCUUCAUCCAGAAUAGUGUUUCCUUUCGCUUUUGAAGGCUCUCAAACCCCAAUGCCAUCAUUCCCAAACUCAUUCGGAACCUCAAACUUGUCUCUUUUUCGUCCCCCUCUUCAGCCAACGCAACAAAUGAUAUCGUUUGGGUCCCAACAGAACAUGGGGUAUCCACAAUUCCUUUGCCCGGAUUCCACCAUACCAAACCAACAACAGCUCCAGCAGCAGCAGCAACAACAGCAGUAUCAGCAGCAGCAGCAGCUUCUUCAGUAUUGGAAUGACGCACUCAAUUUGAGUCCAAGAGGGAGGAUGAUGAUGAUGAUGAUGAACCGGUCAGGGCAUGAAGGGAGACCAAUGUUAAGGCCUCAAGCACAGCCUUUGAGUGCCACCAAGCUCUAUAGGGGAGUGAGGCAACGCCAUUGGGGCAAAUGGGUCGCUGAAAUUCGUCUCCCUCGCAAUAGAACUCGCCUCUGGCUUGGAACCUUCGACACUGCUGAAGAUGCUGCCAUGGCUUAUGAUCGUGAAGCCUUUAAGCUUAGAGGAGAAAAUGCUAAGCUCAAUUUCCCUGAACUCUUCCUUAACAAAGAUAAAGCAGAACCAUCCACACCUGUUCCUGCUUCUUCCUCCAACGAAGGCUCAACAUCAACAUCAAGCCAGAACACUAAGCAACCUGAGCCAGUUCCAGAAGAGACCAACACUGAGAGCGAGGACAUGCCACCAACUGAGACAUUAGCAGAAGAGAAUGCUGAAACUGAGGAAGGAGUUUCACAGCCUCAGGAACUGGUUUGGGGAGAGUGGUUCAAUACAAUUCCUGCAGGUUGGGGUCCUGGGAGUCCCGUGUGGGAUGAUUUGGAUCACAACAACAAUCUUCUUCUGCAUUCACAACUUCCCUUUGUGAAUCAAUCUCAUCAAGAGUUCCAUCAUGAUGCCGCCGGUGCUUCUUCUCAGACACAACAAGAUAACAACAACGCAGGACCAGGUUCUUCCUCUCCCUCUUGUCCCAUGAGGCCCUUCUUCUGAAUGGUUAAGAUUAAAAUUCAUGUCUAAAUUGAAAUAGUAGAUAUUCAGCAUUCGGAUCUCUCUGAUUAGUCCUUCUCUUGGUUAGUGUCGGAGAACUAUAAUAAAGUCUCAUAUUGAACAAUUAAAGAAACUUUUUAAACCAUAUACACCUCUCCUGCUUGAUUCAGCUUGAAAUUAUGAGUCAGUGCGAAAGUUGUAGCAGAUAGAGAUUCCCAUUAGCUUUCUUUCUUCUCCUGAACUGAUAACUACAACCUCAUCAGAUAUUCUAUCUUGGUCGGUUACUGAAGCUUCGCCACGUUCACAUAUGAGGACAAAACUGAUAACCACAUCCCACCAACUUUAUUUUGUUCUUACUGGUUGCUGAUAUUUUGAACAGCAGCCUGUGAAUCAUGGAUGUUAAAGGCGUACAAUUUUCUUUUCCUGGAAAAUUCUUCUGUGAUUAGCCUUCGUAUUUUAAAUGGCCUUUCAGCAUCAGACUCGUACUUGGUGGGGCUUACCUUGUUCCUAGUGUUGUAGUUUGUUUUCUGGUUUUGGGUUUUAUUAAUAUCAUUAUUCUCUUUGCUCUUUUGUACCAUUUCUUGUUGCUUUUAACUAUGCAUCACCAAGAAGGAAACGUUUUUGUGAUUUCCUUUUUAAUGCCUGUUAGUUUAUUCUGCAGAUUCUCCAGUUCAUAGAUAAUUGAUGUAAUCUUAUGCCGACU